AGACAAGAACCGCAAGCCAAAAUGAAUCUCACCAUUUUUACACCUCUUCUGGCCUCUAUCGUAUUUUCCUGGGCACUAGCUGAAGACUUCAGCGGGCCUGGCCAAAUUCGCACACUCGAUGUCCACGAAAAUAAUCAAGAUCUUGGCUGUUUGACCUCAAAAGGAAAAUGGACCACGGUUGAGUCGCUUUGUGGCGAGUUCAACGCUCAGCGCGUGGGAAGUAACAAUGAAUUCCGUCUCUCAUCAAUGGGGGGAGGUAGCUGCGGCAUUGAUGGGGUCACAUUCAAGUGUGGAAUCCAGAGUGGGAUCUUUGGCACAUGGGGUACUGAAGGGCCAGUUAGUGGAAGAGAAGUCGUGCGGUAUGGGGCCUAUGGACUGAUGGAAGGUUCCGGGAACAGCCCGCCCGAUGCGAAAGAUGAGGCAGUCGAAAUUCACUUUUCGACAGGAAACGAGGGAGGAAAAGCGGUGUGGCUAGGCUGGAAGGCACUCUGA